AUGUCAAUGCGAUCGAACCAUCGAAUGCCCAUUCCACUGGCGCCGCCCGACACGGGCAUCAUCCUGCCGAACGUCCUCGUGGAGACCAUUCGCGGCCAGAGCUUCGAGGUGGGCCCCCGCUACAGCGACCUGGUGUACAUUGGCGAGGGCGCCUACGGCAUGGUCGUCUCGGCGACGGACAACACCAGCGCCGACAACAAGCGCGUCGCCCUCAAGAAGAUCUCCCCCUUCGAGCACCAGACGUACUGCCAGCGUACGCUGCGGGAGAUCAAGAUUCUCACCCGUUUCCGCCACGAGAACAUCAUCGACAUCAUCGACAUCGUCUGCGCGCCGACCAUCGAGCGAAUGCGCGACGUCUACAUCGUCCAGUCGCUGAUGGAGACCGACCUGGCGCAGCUGCUCCACCGACAGCAGCUCAGCAACGACCACAUCUGCUACUUCCUCUACCAGAUACUGCGCGGCCUCAAGUACAUCCACUCGGCGAAUGUCCUCCACCGCGACCUGAAGCCGAGCAACAUUCUGCUGAACUCCAACUGCGAGCUGAAGAUCUGCGACUUUGGCCUGGCCCGCGUCGCCGACCCCGAUCACGAUCACUCGGGCUUUAUGACGGAGUACGUGGCCACGCGCUGGUAUCGCGCCCCAGAGAUUAUGCUCAACAGUCGUGGCUACACUAAAGCUAUCGACAUGUGGUCCGUAGGCUGCAUCAUGGCGGAGAUGAUGACCUCCAAACCGAUCUUUCCCGGGCGUCACUAUCUAGAGCACCUCAAUUUGAUUCUCAACAUUCUCGGCUCGCCGAAUGACUUGCACUGGAUUCAAAAUCAGAGCGCCCGCUCCUACCUGCAGGGCCUGCCGCCCAAGAUGCGCCGACCGUGGAGCGAGGUGGUCGGCCCGAACGCCCCUCCGCAUUCCGUCGACCUGCUGGACAAGCUGCUCACCUUUGACCCGAACUUCCGCAUCACCGUGGAGACGGCCCUCGCCCACCCCUACUUCGCCAGCUACUACGAACCGACUGAUGAGCCCGUGGCGGAGGAGCCCUUCAACUACGAGAUGGAACUGGACGAUCUCCCAAAAGACCGCCUGAAGGAGCUCGUCUUUGAGGAGGCGGCCGCUUUCAAACGCCGCCAGCAGCUCACCGAGCAGCUCAACCGAGCUGCUCAGGUGCAGCAGGGAAACAUCGCUCAACCACCGUACGCCACCAAUCUGCCCGCCAGCUACGUGACACCGGCCACACCGCAAACGCUGCCACUGCAGCUGCAAACUCCCUCACUUCAGGGUGGGCCAACUGCAGCCUCUUCCCCCUCUUCCAGUCACUCUGGCCGCUCCAUUUCCGGUGGUGUGAACCAGUACGGCGGCGGAGGCGUGACAGCCAACUCCGUGGUCAGUCUGCCGGCGACGCUCAGCCAGCCGCCUUCGGUGACCAACAAGGAAAGUCUGACCGACGAGGACAUCCGCCUGAUUGAGGAGCACAACCGCAAGGUGCGUCUCUUCCUGCAGGCACGCCAGGCAGAGCUGGCCACCGAACAGGAGCGGGCGAAGCAGGUGAACAAACAGGUGGCAGAGCAGGAAGCGGCAGCUGCGGCAGCUCGGGAGUCAGAACGCAUCCGUCGCAUCAAGGCGGAACAGGAAGCGGCCCAGCGAGCCGCAGUAGAGGCGGACCGCCUGCGACGAAUUAGAGCGGAACAAGAGGCGGCAGCCAGGGCGGCGGCCGAACAGGAGCGAAACCGCCGUCUGCAGGCGGAACAGGAGGCGGCGCUGAGGGCGGCUGCAGAGCAGGAACGAGCACGUCGCUACAAGGCGGAACAGGAUGCGGCCGCUGCUGCACAGCGAGCCGCCGCUGAACAGGAGCGGAAUCGCCGCCUGAAGGCGGAACAGGAAGCGGCUGCGCAGCGAGCCGCAGAUGAGGAGCGGCUGCUGCGCAUACGCGCCGAACAGGAAGCCGCCCAGCGAGCGGCCGCCGAACAGGAGCGCAUACGUCGUCUACGGGCGGAACAGGAGGCGGUG